ACUCGGGGACAACCUGCGCUCUUUGUUGCACGGAGCUGCUUAUGCUUCAUCAACCCCAUUGCACGGAGCAGCGUUCGCAAGCCAGAGCUAGCAGUGAAAACGAAAACUGCAUUUACAGCGAAUUAAACAUGACUGUGAAACGAUGUAGCCGUCACUGUCCACGCAUAUGUCUCAAAGUUUGAGCGGCCGGUAGUUUAUUUCUAUAAUAUGUGGCUUACAUUACACCUGAAGAGACAGUUUACCUCUGCUCGGUGCUAAUAUUGUUAGCCAGUGCCUAAGGGUUGAAUGAACUUAGCAGCAUUUUGUGUCUUGAACACUCCCACGGAGCGCUAACCGAGGCACCUUCAGCAACUUGCAGUGGUGAAGGCCCAGACUUUCUUCAGACAUGUCCGUGAGGGAGUCCUUUAACCCCGAAAGCUAUGAGCUGGACAAGAACUUCAGGCUCACACGCUUUGCUGAGCUCAAGGGCACAGGCUGCAAGGUGCCUCAAGAUGUAUUACAGAAGCUGCUAGAAACCCUACAGGAGAACCACUAUCAAGAGGAUGAACAGUUCUUGGGGGCAGUUAUGCCCCGAUUAGGCAUAGGCAUGGACACCUGUGUGAUCCCCCUUAGACAUGGAGGCCUUUCUCUGGUCCAGACGACAGACUACAUCUACCCUAUUGUAGAUGACCCCUACAUGAUGGGAAGAAUUGCUUGUGCCAAUGUUCUAAGUGACCUGUAUGCAAUGGGAGUGACAGAGUGUGACAACAUGUUGAUGCUUCUGGGAGUCAGCAACAAAAUGUCAGAGAAGGAGAGAGACAAAGUCAUGCCACUGAUCAUCCAGGGAUUCAAGGAUGCAUCAGAGGAGGCAGGCACAUCUGUAACAGGAGGACAGACUGUGCUCAACCCCUGGGUGGUGAUGGGAGGAGUUGCAACAACAGUCUGCCAGCCCAACGAAUUUAUCAUGCCAGAUAAUGCAGUGCCAGGAGACGUGUUGGUGUUGACCAAGCCACUUGGAACACAAGUGGCCGUCGCAGUACACCAGUGGCUAGAUAUUCCUGAGAAGUGGAACAAGAUAAAGCUGGUGGUAACCCAGGAAGAUGUAGAGCUGGCCUACCAUGAAGCCAUGAUGAACAUGGCUCGACUCAACAGAACAGCGGCUGGUCUCAUGCACACCUUCAAUGCUCAUGCAGCCACCGACAUCACAGGGUUCGGCAUCCUUGGCCACGCUCAGACGUUGGCACGGCAACAACGGAGCGAGGUGUCAUUUGUCAUCCACAACCUCCCAGUGCUCGCCAAGAUGGCCGCCGUGUCUAAGGCCUGUGGGAACAUGUUUGGACUCAUGCACGGCACCUGCCCUGAAACAUCAGGAGGCCUUCUUAUCUGUCUGCCGCGGGAGCAGGCCGCCCGCUUCUGUGCCGAAAUCAAAUCCCCAAAAUACGGCGAGGGCCACCAAGCGUGGAUCAUCGGGAUUGUAGAGAAAGGAAACCGCACUGCUCGCAUCAUUGACAAACCGCGGAUCAUAGAGGUGGCACCACAAGCAGCCACGCAGAAUGUCAACCCAACUCCUGGUGCAACUUCUUAAUCCUCCUUUGCUGCAUCAUAGACCGGAAACCCCAAAGCUCUGCUGAGUGAUUUUAAACACAUAAACUACAAAACCAUCCUAGAGUGUUGAAAUAUAUACACAAAAUAGUAUGUACACAGAAAAGACUGGGUUGGCGUGUAUCUACAUGAAAAACAGCCCCACACAGUGGCCCAAGGGGCAUGUCAUCACCCAGUGGACUCAACCUGCAGUAUCCCCAUGAUAAAAAUGGUUAAGAAAUAGAGCAUACUUAAAACCCAUUUGCCUUUCGUGUCUGUUGUAUUCUGUUCUGGGUUCUAUGUUAAAUGUGUGUGAUUGGCAGGCAGCUUCUGAUAAGAGAGUGAUGAUGACAAUAAUCUGAUACUGUUGAUUCAUUUUGAAUCUUAGGAAGUCUGGUUUUGUUGCCUCUUUGGGUCUUUUAAAAUUGCUCUCAUCAAGCAAGUGGACUGUGUGAUGGUGUUUUUGUUUGUCCAUUCACUUUGUACAGUUAUAAAGCCUAGUUUUAGUUCAUUGCUGUAACUGAUGCCUUGAAAGAAAGAAGUGUGACCAGAAAGGUUUGUUUUUUAUUACUUUGACUUUUUGUAUUGUCCCCACCUAAACUAAUAAAUAUUCAAAUAGAAGUUUGUUUUGCCCGCUAUCUGGGAACUGCACUCAUGUGAAUAAACUAAAUCAAAUGUGACGUUAUCUACUUGCCAUCAUAAAACUGCAGAUUGAUCUGCAGAUUUAUACGUUGUUAAUUGAUGCUACUCCAUUGUGCAUUAACCUGAAGUCAUAGAUGAGGAGAAAUCUGCAUACCCCUCGGGAGAUGAACCUUCUACUGUCUGCAUUCCCAAUAUGUUAUCAUGUUUAGGGUGAUAUGAUGUAUGGGGUUUGCAUUACAUGGUCACUAAAUUGUGCAACUAUAAAAAGCAGUCUGGGUUGUUAAACAUUGUAAUAGCAGGCAGUCAGCCUGUUGCCUUUGUUCGAGAUAUGGUGCAUUUAGUUUUGCCAUAAGAUGUGCUGAGACUGAUGUACUGUUACAAAGCUUCCAUCUAAUUUCAGAUCAUUUUUGUUUACCAAUAGCCUGGAUGGAUCUGGAAGGCCUCUGUAAAUGUUCAUUUGAAUAUCAGGAACAAGACCUCCACCACACCUCUUAAAAUAAACUUCUCUUAUAAUAA